UACUACCUGUUGUGUAAUGAGAUAAGAAUCUAAUGGUUUACGUUUUCUAAAGUGUAGCAACAUGGAUGAGCGUGUGGAGAGAAUAAAGAACAAGAUCACUGCCUACCCUGAUUUUCCCAAACCGGGCAUUCUCUUCAGAGACAUCUUUUCAGUCCUCCAGACUCCACCUGUAUUCCAUGAUUUGAUGGCAGUUCUCGAAGAAAAGGUCAAGUCAGUCUGCCCUGACGUAGAUAUUAUCAUGGGCCUAGAUUCAAGAGGGUUCUUAUUUGGUGCUCCGCUAGCUCUGUCCCUGAACAAGCCUUUCGUUCCAGUGAGGAAGAGGGGGAAAUUGCCCGGAGAAUUGAAGCAGGUCUCUUACACCCUGGAGUAUGGAACGGAUGUCUUUGAGGCUCAGGCAUCUAGCAUAAGGCCAGGUCAGAAGGUGGUAAUUGUUGAUGACCUUCUUGCGACAGGAGGUUCAAUGAAAGCUGCCUCUGAAUUAGUGAAGGAAAUGGGGGGUGUUGUUGCACUGUGCCUUGUAUGCAUUGAACUUGCAGAUUUGAAGGGGAGAGACAGACUGAAAGAUCCAUGUGAAGCUAUUGUGAAGUAUUAAGGUUUUUUUUUUCAGAAAUCCAUAGUAGAAAGUGUUUGACUAGGAAAUUUUAAAGUAUUUAAAUUGCCAGCAAUGAACUGCUAAAAGUUUGAUAUUGAUAAUUAUUUU